AUGGAACCUAACACAUUUCAUGUAUGCAAUUCAGGGGCUUACUCAACAACAUUCACAAUCACAAACAAUUGUGCAUUCACCAUAUGGCCAGCUACUCUAACUGGAGGAGGUACUUCACAAUUAUCUUCAACAGGUUUUGAACUACCCUCCAAAGCUUCAUCCACACUUGAUGUCCAAGCUCCAUGGUCUGGUAGAUUCUGGGCAAGAUCUCAAUGUUCAAUAGACACAUAUGGAAAAUUCACUUGUGCCAUUGGUGAUUGUGGAUCUGGUCAAAUAUCAUGCAAUGGUGCUGGUGGAACCCCUCCAGUUUCUCUAGUGGAAUUCACUCUAGCUGCCAAUAGAGGACUAGAUUUCUAUGAUGUUAGCCUUGUUGAUGGUUUCAAUCUACCAGUGAAAGUGACUCCACAAGGAGGCUUAAAGGGAUGCAACACAAGUAGUUGCCCUUUUGAUGUCAACACAAUUUGUCCUUCAAAUUUUGCAAUCAAAGGGUCAGAUGGAAGUGUCAUUGCUUGCAAGAGUGCAUGUUUGGCCUUGAACCAACCACAGUAUUGUUGCACAGGACCCUUUGCUUCACCAGACAAGUGCCUACCAACUCAUUAUUCAAUUAUGUUUAAGAAUCAAUGCCCUCAAGCUUAUAGCUAUGCAUAUGAUGACAAAUCUAGCACUUUUACUUGCUCUGGUGGGGCAAACUAUUCCAUCACAUUUUGCCCUUGAACCAUAAUGGUUAGAGGGAAAAACAUCCAAAUUGUAUGAUUGGAAUUCUUAUAUUUGUUUUAUAUGCAAGAAAAUAUUAUAAUUUUUUAGUGGUAUGUUCCGUUGGCUGU